CUUUUAUGAAAAGGGCGGACAUUUUCAAUGUUUUGUUUAUUCCGGCAAAAGUUAUCAGCUAGAAGAAAAGAAAUUGACUAGGUUCUGAAAGUCAUCUUCCUUGAGGUCCUGUGAAGACCAGCUAAGAUGUCUCAGAAAGUGGAAAAAUCAGCACAUCAUGGAUCGAUGAAGACAACAGCCGAUGUAGAUCUUGGGAGACAGCUGCAUGACUGGGCCAUCAAGGAGAUGCAUUUCCAGCCAACAGGCCGAUACGUCAACAAGCCAUUGCCUUCUCCGGAAGAUUUUCAAAAAAUUUGCCGGGGAUCUGAUCUGAUCAAUGUUUGGAAGUUUGUCCUUGGUCAUGUGCGAUCUCUACAAAGUGUUAAAAAAGUUAAGGAAAAUGUGAAACUAAAGAAGUAUACCGACCAAGCUGAUGGGAAAGGUCGACCUGGGGGUCACGGUCACUGUAAGAGUGACCUUCUCCUGGACAAGAGAGCUCAACUGUUGGAAGACCUGACAGUAAACCUUAAAGACAUCGGCCAUCUUGAAACUGAUUUUCACAGACUAGAAAACGACUUGAUCCAAACAGAUAAAGAGUACAAGGAGACGGUUGCUAGGAUACAGAACAUUCGGCGACAAGCUGGACUUCUUGAUGUCAAGUCGAAGCUUGAUGCAGAAACUGUUAUGGAAUAUAAGGAAUUCAAGGAGAGAGUCACAGAAAAAACUGACUUUUUCACGAAGAAAGCCAAGAGUGAUGGGAAACAAGUGACUCUUUAUCACAAACAGUCGGCCGGUGAUGAGACGAGGAACACUGAAACAGCAUGCUGUCAUGAAGUAAGAGAAAUCUGUGACGGUGUCGAGUCGUUUCUACAGGACACAUUGCAGGGAACGUUUGGUGACAGAGACGGAUCAUGUGAAAAGCAACAGAGGAUCCUUUCUCUGAAGGUCGAUGAGGUUUUGUCCCGGUUCCCAGCCAACGAUAUGCUGCAGGCAUUGAUCACCAACACGUACCACUCCUCGGUCACUCUUCGGGAACGCACCUUGCACAUCAACAUCAAAGAAGAUGUUGAGAAAUUGAAAUUCAAACAUGAGAAAGGGGGACAACUCACUGAUAUUUCUGCACCUGUGACUUUGCUGCAUGGUGUCCAUGAACUGAUUGAGAAAGGCCAGCGUGACCAUGUAGACCGGUAUAUUGAGAUGUUAGAUCACCGUAACACAGCCCAUCGAACCCACAAACAGGCCGAGGAAAUGAAGAGGCAGAUCAACCAUACCCUCAAGAAACUGUUUGAAAAUAAACCAACUGACAUGGAAUUGGCAAAAAAAUUGAUAGGAACUGAAGUGAAACUGGCUGAAGAGAGAUCAAAGGCCUCGUGUUUGCUUCAGGAAGCAAACAACUUAAAGGAGCAGAUACACCAGGCAUCUAAAGAAAAGGAAUUCCUCAUCGCUCAGUACCAGAAGAUUAAAUACUUCAAGGACGUCGCACAAAGAAAACAGAAUCACAUUCAAGUGCUUGCCAAACAGAAUGCGGGUGCACAACCCAGACUGGACGGACAGAAAACUGAGAUCGUGAACUACGUGUGUAAUCUGUCGACACACCAUGCCGACACAGUGCUGCUGGCUCGUCGUCUGGACGGCGCUGUGAUCGCCGAGGUUAACAAGAUGAUUGUCCUCGCUCUCCCCUACUGCUUGAUGGUCUUCAUGGACAGUGCCACAAAGAUUCCUGUUAUUGAUUUAUCGAUCCACCAUGCCAGUCAUCCGAUAUCGUCAGCCGCCAGGCCAGCUGUGAAGACAACGCUUCACCAUUUGAAGUUUCCCUAUGAGAAGGCUGACGAGUGUAUCCUAGCUCACUGUCUGGAGUUGAAGUCUCGGCUAGUAGAUACCGACAGACUGACCACCGAUCUCCGGUUGACCAAUAAGAAAAUCCGCGGCCUGCAGAAUGACGAGGAAGAUUCGGUAGAAAACAUAACCAGUCUGUGUGGGGAGUUGACAGAGAGUUGCCAGAAGGAGAUGGCCCAGCUGGUUCCUCUGCUACAGCAGUCUGUAAACCAGGCCACCGGUGCCCUGGCCGACUGUAUUCAGACCAAGGAGUACAUCGACGCAUGGUGGGAGUUGCCGGCACAGCGCCUAGUUCCCUGGUUGAUGGUGAAAGGUCAGACGUAUGAUCAGUAUUUGAACAGAUGGAGAAUGAUCGUCACAGAACUCAGACGGAAAUAACGUCACCUUAUUCUUGCUUAAUUUUCACAUCAAAGUACCUGUAUGCAACUCUGCUCAGCCUGGGAAUCGUGACACUGGAAAUAUUUUCUGUCUCGUGAAAAUAAGAUAAUUACUAGGAUAUUUAUAUAUGGACCACAAUACAUAAACAUUGUCACUAGUGUACAAGUUCUUUAUAAAUAAGAUAAUUACAAGGAUAUUUAUAUAUGGACCACAAUACAUAAACGUUAUCACUAGUGUACAAGUUCUUUAUAAAUAAGAUACUUACAAGGAUAUUUAUAUAUGGACCACAAUACAUAAACAUUGUCACUAGUGUACAAGUUCUUUAUAAAUAAGAUAAUUACAAGGAUAUUAUUUAUAUGGACCGCAUUAAUGUUAUCACUAGUGUACAAGUUCUUUAUAAAUAAGAUAAUUGCAAGGAUAUUAUAUAUAUAGACCACAAUAUAUAAACAUUAUCACUAGUGUACAAGUUCUUUAUAAAUAAGAUAAUUACAAGAUAUAUAUAUGGACCACAAUACAUAAACGGUAUCACUAGUGUACAAGUUCUUUAUAAAUAAGAUACUUACAAGGAUAUUUAUAUAUGGACCACAAUACAUAAACAUUAUCACUAGUGUACAAGUUCUUUAUAAAUAAGAUAAUUACAAGGAUAUUUAUAUAUAGACCACAAUACAUAAACGUUAUCACUAGUGUACAAGUUCUUUAUAAGUAAGAUAAUUACAAGGAUAUUUAUAUACGGACCACAAUACAUAAACUUUAUCACUAGUGUACAAGUUCUUAUAAAUAAGAUAAUUACAAAGAUAUUUUAUAUACAUGUAUGGACCACGAUACAUUAAACGUUAUCACUAGUGUACAAGUUCUUUAUGAGAUUUAUGAAAACAGAUAUUAAUUAUAUUUUAUUGAGAGUAAUAACUUUCUUAGUUAAACUUUGUUCACUGCAUUGUAUUGUUCAGAUGUGAUCAUAUAUCGUCAAUUAAAGUUUGUUUUGUUUAACGACACCACUAGAGCACAUUGAUUUAUUAAUCAUCAGCUACUGGAUGUCAAACAUUUGGUAAUUUUGACAUA